AUGACAGCCGCCGUAUUCCGCAAUACGCCCGCGCUGUCGGUGCCUCAGUCGCAGAACACAGCGCCCGUCCUCGAAUUCAACUGCCUCUACACGCAUGAUAUUAGAAAGAAGAAUAAGAAAUGGCAAGAUGGAUCCCUUCGAUAUCACACGUUCAAUAAGCGUAUCAUGGUCUACGACGUGCCUCGAAACCUCAUCGGCGACACCCACUGGACGUCAGAUGAAGCGGUGCAAGAGGGCGAUGAGGUGACUCUGGAUCGCAAUGGUGUCCUGGUAGAAGUGGGAGAUAGCAUUGGACAGACUGAGACCGACUUGACUGAGCUUAGAAAGAGCAGAAAGAAGGAUCAGCCGGGGAGCAAAGCCUCCACGCCGGCACGCACGAUACCCAACGGAUCAGCGAGACUCGGCAACGCUGCCGGCUCCGUGUCAAGAGGAAUUACUCAGCAGAAGCAUAGAUCGUUGAACGCUUUGCUUGGGACACCAAAAGGACCAAUCGGAAAGGCUACUUUGCCGACCAAGUCGCCUUUCGAGGAAAGGCAUGCGGACAUCGAGAAUGAGGAAUGGGAGGAAGGAAGGCCACCAAAAAGAGCUCGGGUUGGGAGUGCUCCAGCUUGGAACGUUACGCGAACAACGACGACGCCAAAGAGCGCCAAGCAGACUCAACAACCACCAUGGGCGCGAACGGCGGAUGCGGCUAAGCAAAAGAAGAAAGCACCACUGCAGCCAGGUCAACAAAGGCUUGGCACAAGGGAGAUCAUUGACCUGGCUGACGAAGAAGAUCCGAAGGGAGACUUCCUACCGGGCUUCUCUGACAGCGCUCUGGAGCCUUGCUCAUCUCCAAAGCAAAAGACCUCAAACGCCGCGCCAAAGCAGAAAGCCUCUGUUAGGUCCAGUUCGCCAGCAUUCCAGACACAGCGCGUGCCUGCGAAACCAGUGAAUGAUAAGCACGUGAUAGACGUGGACGGUCUGUCGCGUCAACGUGACUUCCAAAGAGCCAAGACCGCCACGAACGGGACUCUCGAACAUGGAAAGGACGGGGCCUCCGAGAAAGAGAAACGUCGAUUAGAAUGUGACUCUCCAGGAACGAUGCGUGAAUCGUCUUCGCUCUCAAGAGCUCCAUCCCCGCGGCCUUCCAGGCCAGCGAGCAGUAGGCCUGGUCAGAUGUUACGCUUAGCUGCAAGUGGGCCAAAGAAAAAGACCCUGCUGUGCCAAGAUCAGCUGAAGAAGAAACCUAAGAGAAUCUCGUCGACGAACACGGAUGAGCUGGCCCAGGGUCUCAUCGAUGAGUUCCAUGAGGACGAGAACGAAAACGGGGGCCGACCAAAGACUGCUCGGGAGAGAUUUGAAGAACGGCUUGCGAGAAUCGACAAAAAGAGAGGCAGUACUAGCAAUGCGAGGCUGCAGUCCCUCAAAGUAGCUCCGCCGCCCGUUGAGAUAGAUAGUGACGACGGCGAGGAGGCUCCGACAGACAAUACCAUCCAGGAGCGCCCACGGACAUCUCACGAGGCUUCGGCGAUUGACCCCAGACGUUUGGACGACAUGAUGCUCCCUCCCGCACCUCUAUCAGCACGUCGUGAGGAAUCGCCUGCGCCUGCACCUCCAGUUCCAAGGCCUUCCGCUUCAAUUCAACAAGAAGCACGGCCAUUCAGACGAGCAAUCUCGGAUUCCAUCACUACCUCAUCCGGGAAACCAAGACGAGUACCUGGCGCACCAGUACGCUACACUCCGACUCCAUCCCCGACAAGAAGAUCUCGCGAGCCUACGCCUUCUGCUGGUCCUGGAUCACGACCGACCAGUAAGGCCGGACCACCACCACCACGGACCAACAACCGUAACGGCAGUAUCAAACAAAAGAGACCACUGCAGAAGUCAGUCAGUCUGUACGUCUCUGCCCACGGCAUGUCUACCGUGCUCUUGAGCAAACCGUUCCAAGCACCCGGAAAAUCCAAAGCGCAAAAGCAAACAGAGCCCGAGCAGCCCAAAGAAGUUGAAGGUCCGUGGAGUCGAGAAGCUUUUGACCUUUUCACGUGGCGGCCGCCGAAUUGGGACGAGGAGAAUUGGUGUCAGAAGGCCGGGGAGGAGAAGGAACAUGGGGUUGCUCGGGCGCAAGACAUGGAUAACCAGGAGGAGGGUGCUCCUCCUGUUGGUCUGAGUGGGGGUGUUUCCUUUCCGCAUGCCUGA